AUGCCCUUGACAACAGCGGAUGAAGGCAACUCCUCAUCCUCCGACAGUUCAGCAUCCACAAAUGACAGCAUCGACACUUUACGUCCUUCCGAAUCAACACUUCCCACACCAAACCCAUGGCCUCAAUAUUUCGAGCAAGAAUUGUUUCUGGAGUCGAGUUCGGAAAAUCAACAUGCUAAAUAUCAUGUUUAUCUCACACCGCCCAGGGAUCCAGCCAAGGGACCGCUGUUUAUAUGUCACCAUGGCGCUGGAGCUACGGGUAUGAGUUUCGCUUGCUUUGCGGCUGCGAUCAAGAAGGAAAUGCCACAUGCUGGAAUCUUGAGUCUGGAAGCCAGGGAGCAUGGCUCUGUGGUCACUUCUCCUUCUGGCGAGGAGAUUUUGGAUUUCAGCAUCGAGACGUUGGUUAAGGAUACACUUGCCAUGAUUGAACUUGUCAAGCAGAGACAAGGUUGGCACAAAUUACCUCCUGCUGUGUUUGUAGGCCACAGUCUGGGCGGCGCGAUCGUCACUAGAAUCGCAGCUGAUGGUGUACUGGGAGCACAAUUGGUCGGUUUUGCAGUACUCGAUGUGGUCGAGGGAUCUGCUAUCGAGGCACUGAUGCAUAUGAAGACAUAUCUGGCAUCCAGACCUGCUUCUUUUGCUUCGGUCGAUCAGGCUAUCAAUUGGCAUAUUCGCAGUCGCACCAUCAGGGAUUUGGAAAGUGCGAAGGCUAGUGUGCCUAGUUUGAUGAUCAGGGAUGGUGAGAGGUGGAUGUGGAGGACGGAUCUUACGCGCACGCAAAGGUGGUGGGAAGGUUGGUUUACAGGGAUGAGUGGGCUGUUUUUGAGGGGCAGAGCUGCUAAGGCACUGUUGCUUGCUGGUACGGAUAGAUUGGACAAGGAGUUGAUGGUUGGACAGAUGCAGGGCAAAUUCCAACUCACUGUUAUACCAGAAGCAGGCCAUUUCAUCCAGGAAGACGUGCCGGAAAAGACGGCACACUUGAUGAUCGAGUUCUUCAAACGAAACGACCGCAGCAGUCUUGUCCUGCCACCCAAAGUGUCGGACUUACUCGCCCAAGGAAAAAGAGUGUAG